AUGAGAUGUGACCACACUUAAGUGACUUAACUACUUAAGGCUAACAUAAGAUUUGGUUUGAAGAUCUCUUUACCUCUUUAGCUUCCCAAUACAAAAAUGGAGCUUGAGUCACACAUUCUUAAAAUGAAAGUGGAAUAUACUUCUAACAAGACAAAAAAAAAAAAAAAAAUAAAAAAUAAAAAAAAAAAAUUAUAAUUUAAAAUCCAAGACAUAAUAUAAAAUUAUUCAUACAUAGGAUAUAUAUGUAUUUAUACCUCUUCACUCACUCCUCAAAUUUUCCCAAGAAAAAAACUUCAAUUUCCCUCUCACUCUCACUCUAAAAAUUUAGAGAGAGAAAAUCACAAACACAAACACACAAAAAACCCAAAUCUUUCACCUUAAUCUUCACGCCUUACUCUGUUUUCCCCCAAAAACAGAGCAUUUCAAUUGAGAAAUAAGGGUGAUUAAAAAACAGAGCAACCCAAUUCACACAAAAAUGAAUUGUACAAAUGAAAAAGUUGAAACUACAAAAUCAGCAACAAAAAUGGUGGAAUUUCAUGAUCCUAUAAUAGUCGGAGCAGGCCCUUCAGGCUUAGCAGUCGCGGCGUGUUUACGAAAACAGGGGAUUCCUUCAUUAAUCCUUGAAAGAUCAGAUUGCAUUGCCCCAUUAUGGCAGCAAAAAACAUAUGAUCGUCUCAAACUUCAUUUACCAAGAAAAUUUUGUGAGCUUCCAUUAAUGGGGUUUCCCAAAGAUUACCCAAAAUACCCAUCAAAAAAACAGUUUAUUUCAUACAUGGAAUCAUAUGCUGCAUUUUUCAAUAUCUCCCCUGUAUUCAACCAAGAAGUUGAAAGUGCCGAGUUCGAUACAGAGACGAGGGUAUGGCGAUUGAAGAUUAAAGAGAUCGAGUACAUUUCAAAAUGGGUGAUUAUUGCUACUGGUGAAAAUGCAGAGCCUUUGAUACCUGAAAUUCAAGGAAUUGAGAAAUUUCAAGGGAAAUUUUUGCAUACUAGUUUGUAUAAAUCUGGAAUUGAGUUUAAAAAUCAAAGGGUUUUGGUAAUUGGGUGUGGAAAUUCAGGUAUGGAAGUUAGUAAGGACCUUUGUAGAUACAAUGCUAUGCCUUUCAUGGUGGUUAGAAACUCUGUGCAUGUUUUACCAAGGGAAAUGUUUGGCUUCUCUACAUUUGGUGUUGCAAUGGCUUUGCUAAAGUGGUUACCUUUGAGAUUAGUAGACAAAUUUCUCUUAUUAGUGGCGAAUCUUACCUUAGGUAACACGGAUCGGUUAGGCCUACGACGGCCAAAGACCGGUCCGAUUGAGCUUAAGAACGCCACCGGGAAGACCCCGGUGCUUGACGUGGGUGCACUUUCGUUAAUCAAAUCAGGAAAUAUUAAGGUGAUGGAAGGAGUGAAAGAGAUUACAAAGAAUGGGGCCAAAUUUAUAGAUGGUCAUGAGAGAGAAUUUGAUUCCAUAAUCUUGGCAACUGGAUAUAAGAGCAAUGUGCCCUUUUGGCUCAAGGAUUGUGAGUUUUUUAGUGAUGAUGGGAUGCCAAAAGUACCAUUUCCUAAUGGAUGGAAAGGAGGGAAAGGAUUGUAUACGGUUGGAUUCACGAGAAGAGGUUUGUUGGGGACUGCAUCAGACGCUGUUAAAGUUGCUCAAGAUAUUGCUGAUCAAUGGAAUCAACGGUCAUAAUUAAUUGUUGAGUAAAAUAAAUUUUCACAAGGCUGGCAUUAUUAGUAGUAGGAAAUGAGGGUUUUGAGAAAAGUAAAAAAAAAAAAAAAAAAAAAAAAAAAAAAAAAAAAUUAAAAAGAAAAAGAAAAAGAAAAAAUGAUUUGAGGAAAUAAAGUGUUUAAAUUUUGAGUGGUAUAAUUUGCCUUUUUUUUUUGGGAGUUAGUCAAUUUUAAUUGGUGGUCUUGUAAAUUCAUCCAAUUUUGCAAAGGCUGAUGUACAUCUUUGGAUUAGUGUAGGUUUUAGUUUGUUUUGCUUAGCAAUGUAAUAUAAGAUUUUCACAGAAAUUGCAUAUUUUUCUUAUAAUUACUUCUUGCACAUUUAUUAGACCUUAUAUAAUUCAAAAAUUAAGCUUUGUAAAAGUAUUGUAAAGAAGUACAAAGUAUAAUUAAGUGAAGAUGAUCAAACUCUUACACUAAGCGCUCUAAUUUAAGUAUGUUCGCUAUAUCUUUCUUGUUUCUACAUACGUAAAUUAACCUUUCCU